CGAGAUUUAUCGAAGUCUGAAACGAAAAGAUAGAAUGGCUGCCACACUAAUAUCCCGAAACUCUAUGAGUUUGGUCCGACGCAGCGUCAUAAUUUCAGCUAUUCGGACGAAAGGGACUAUGCCUAGUGGAGCUGACCAUGCGACUGGCUUGGAGAAAAAGGAACUUCUUGCAAAAGCUGCAGGGAAUGAGAAUCCGUUUGACAUGCGUGUGAUAAAGCGCAAUGCUGGUACAAAAGACACACCCAAUCAGAUUCCUUCUAUAUUUGAUAAGCGUCUAGUCGGAUGUAUUUGUGAGGAGGAGGCCACGUGCGUGACGUGGAUGUGGCUUUACAAGGGUGAGCCCAGGCGUUGUGAGUGCGGUCACUGGUUCAAGCUGGUUGAAGCCAAAGGUCUUUGAACAGACGUUUCCAAGUCCUAAGUACAGAUGAAUCCUGGCGCAAGUGUACUUUAGUUUUUACACUGGACAAAUGUUGAUUUAUCAGCCAGUCUUGCAGAGUGAGUUAAAUUAUAUGUAGCUUCAAUAAUGGCAUGAAACGAGUUGACAAAAUAAAGAAGCCAAAAAUAAGAUGUUUAAAAAGUUACGCCUUUGCCUCACUAUGAUGUAAAAAAUUUUAGCUGCUUAUAAAUAAAGCAAUAUAGCUACUGUUGUUUAAUGAGA